AUGGGUCAAAAUCUUGGAAGAGGAAUCUCCGGCCCGUCACCGUUCGAUUCAUUACCAGUUGAUUGCAUCUCAACCAUUAUCUCCUUCACGACUCCACGAGACGCAUGCGUUGCCGCUUCUGUUUCAAAAAUGUUUGAAUUGGCGGUUAAGUCCGAUAGCCUGUGGAAGAAGUUUCUUCCUUCCGAAUAUACAUCUCUGAUUCCAUUGUACUCUCGAAUUUUCUCAUCCAAGAAGGAGCUCUAUUUCACUCUCUGCAAUGAACCUCUUCUCAUCGAAGAUGGCAAAAAGAGCUUCUGGUUGGAGAAAGAGAGUGGGAAAAAAUGUAUCAUGUUAUCUUUGAAGGAAGCGUUGGUCCAUGGGGGAAGUAAUCCCCGAUGUUGGCAAUGGAUUUCAAUUCCUGAAUCUAGGUUUAACAAAAUACCAGAGCUACUCUAUAUAAAUUGGGUUACUAUUAGUGGUGAGAUGCAUACUCGUUACCUGUCUCCUAGAACUCAUUAUUCGGUUUACAUUGUGUUCAAGACAAAGAACGGAUGUCCUGGAUUGGGACAUGCACCGGUAAAUACUAGUGUUGGGUUGAUUGGACAAGAAGAUUCUCAUAACUAUAUAUACUUUGUUGGGCCUCUAAGUCCUGGUCCAUGGGUAGCGCCAGAACCGGGAGAAGUAACAAGACCAGAGGCGAGGGAAGAUGGGUGGAUGGAAUCUGAACUUGGUGAGUUCUACAAUGAUUCUUGUUGUGAUGAUAUUUCGUUCAGUCUUGAAAAAUUUAGCGAAUCUUCGAAAAGUGGUUUGAUCAUUCAAGGAAUCGAAUUCCGCCCUAGGAAGACCCAGUAA